GAGGCCAGUUUGCAGGCAGGCGCUGAGCUGUGCACAUCUCCCCACUCCAGCCGUCUUCUCCAUAUCCGUCUUUUAUUUCAUUUUUCCACUUGGCUGAGCCAUCCAGAGCCUUUUCAAUGUAUAAAAUGGAAUAUUCUUACCUCAAUUCCUCUGCCUACGAGUCCUGUAUGGCUGGGAUGGACACCUCGAGCCUGGCUUCAGCCUAUGCUGACUUCAGUUCCUGCAGCCAGGCCAGUGGCUUCCAGUAUAACCCGAUAAGGACAACUUUUGGGGCCACGUCCGGCUGCCCGUCCCUCACGCCGGGAUCCUGCAGCCUUGGCACCCUCAGGGACCACCAGAGCAGUCCGUACGCCGCAGUUCCUUACAAACUCUUCACGGACCACGGCGGCCUCAACGAGAAGCGCAAGCAGCGCCGCAUCCGCACCACGUUCACGAGUGCGCAGCUCAAAGAGCUGGAGCGGGUUUUCGCCGAGACUCACUACCCCGACAUCUACACCCGGGAGGAGCUGGCCCUGAAGAUCGACCUCACAGAAGCGCGUGUCCAGGUGUGGUUCCAGAACCGCCGCGCCAAGUUUCGUAAGCAGGAGCGCGCGGCGGCGGCCGCAGCGGCGGCGGCCAAGAACGGCUCGUCGGGCAAGAAGUCGGACUCCUCCCGGGACGACGAGAGCAAAGAGGCCAAGAGCACCGACCCGGACAGCACCGGGGGCCCCGGUCCCAACCCCAACCCCACCCCCAGCUGCGGGGCGAGCCUGGCUGCGGCCGGGGGCCCUGGACAAGGCUGGGCUCCCGGCCCCGGCCCCAUCACCUCCAUCCCGGAUUCGCUCGGGGGCCCCUUUGCCAGCGUCCUAUCUUCUCUCCAAAGACCCAACGGUGCCAAAGCCGCCUUAGUGAAGAGCAGUAUGUUCUGA